AGGCGCCGGGGCUGCUGCUGCCGCCGCCCCCAGCUCGGCAUGGCCUUCAUGGAGAAGCCGCCGGCCGGGAAAGUGCUGCUGGACGACACGGUGCCGCUGACGGCCGUGAUCGAGGCGAGCCAGAGCUUGCAUUCGCACACGGAGUACAUCAUUCGUGUACAAAGAGGGAUUUCCAUGGAAAAUAGCUGGCAGAUUGUGAGAAGAUACAGCGAUUUUGACUUGCUGAAUAAUAGUUUGCAGAUUUCUGCCCUUAGUCUACCUCUUCCUCCCAAAAAGUUGAUUGGAAAUAUGGAUCGUGAAUUCAUAGCUGAAAGACAGAAGGGACUCCAGAAUUAUCUUAAUGUAAUUACUUCCAACCACAUACUGUCGAACUGUGAACCGGUGAAGAAAUUUUUGGAUCCAAACAACUACUCUGUAAACUACGUUGAAAUUGCCUUACAGCAUGUUUCGAUGUUUUUUCGGUCGGAGCCAAAGUGGGAAGUUGUAGAGCCAUUAAAGGAUAUAGGUUGGAGAAUACGUAAGAAAUACUUCUUAAUGAAAAUGAAGAAUCAACCAAAAGAGCGGCUAGCAUUGAGCUGGGCUGACCUUGGCCCUGACAAAUAUCUUUCAGACAAAGAUCUUCAGUGUGCUGUGAAAUUUCUUUCUUCGUGUUCUCAUCCCUAUAUUUACAAAGUCACUUUGGCGACAGCUAGUGAAUCUUCUGCGCUGAUAAUUAGACCAUUCAAUGAAAAAGGAACAUUGAAGGACCUGAUUUAUAAGGCAAAACCAAAAGAUCAAUUUUUGAAGAAAUACUGCAAUCCGAAGAAAAUUCAAGGUCUUGAACUGCAGCAAAUUAAAACAUUUGGCAGACAAAUACUAGAGGUCUUAAAGUUCUUGCACGAGAAAGGAUUUCCAUAUGGUCACUUACAUGCUUCCAAUGUAAUCUUGGAGGGGGAUACAUGCAGGUUGUUGGACUUGGAGAAUUCGUUGCUGGGGCUCCCAUCCUUCUAUCGGUCCUAUUUUACACAGUUCCGUAAAAUUAACACUUUAGAAGCUGUUGACGUGCACUGCUUUGGUCACUUACUCUAUGAAAUGACAUAUGGGAGACCCCCAGACUCUGUUCCGGUGGACGGCUUUCCUCCUGCACCAUCCACAUCUGUAGUGGCUGUACUGGAAUCCAUCCUUUCUCCUGAAGCCAUGAAGAAUGGCAUGCCAACCGUCUCUCGGCUCUUACAAAUGCCGUUGUUCAGUGAUGUCCUUCUAACAAAUUCAGAAAAAACACAGUUCAAGAUUCCCUCCAAAUUAAAAGAAGCAUUGAAGACUGCCAAAGAAUGCAUAGAAAAGAGGCUAGCAGAAGAACAGAAACUGAUUCAUCAGCACAGAAGACUGACGAGAGCUCAGUCUCAUCACGGUUCAGAGGAAGAAAAAAAAAAGAGAAAGAUCUUGGCACGAAAGAAGUCCAAGCUCUCUACCUUCGAGAGUGGGGAAGAACAAACCAUGAAAUACAGCAACUCAAACAAUUCAGCAGGCUCCGGGGCCAGUUCGCCUAUGACUUCGCCAUCCUCUCCUGUUCCGCCUUCCACGACAGCAGGGGCCUCCACAAUUCCUUCACCGCCUCCGCCACCAGCGGCUCCUCCCCCGCCUCCCAAUUUGGAUGUGCCGACGCAGCCAGACUCCCGGCCUGUUAACAGCACAAGCCAGAGAGCCUUACUCAGCUCGAUUCAGAGUUUUCAGAAAGGAACCUUGAAGAAAACUGAAACGUGCGACUAUAGCGCUCCUAAGAUCAGCUGA